ACAACAAACUUACACAUUAAAUUUUCUAAUUAAAUCCAUCAGCAUGAAUACCAAACUCAUUCUAGCCCUCAUGUUUUGCUUCCUCCUCAUUGCAUCCAAUGAGAUGCAAGUUGGAGAGGCAAAAGUCUGUCAAAGGCGGAGCAAGACAUGGUCAGGGCCAUGUAUUAACACAGGCAAUUGUAGCCGUCAAUGCAAGCAACAAGAGGAUGCUCGUUUUGGAGCUUGUCACAGAAGUGGCUUUGGAUUUGCUUGCUUUUGCUAUUUCAAAUGCUAAAUCAUUUCUAAGAGUGUGUGCUAUCAAAUAUGUGAUAGUGUUGUUUGAAUAAGGAUGUCCAAUUUACUAAAAUUGGAUGUACUCCUAGUAAUGUUUGUGUGUCCAAUCGUAUUGUAUCGUAUCGCAAUGUAUGUGUUGUAUUGUUGUGAUGAAUAUAAUGUUUGAAUAGAUUGUACUGUUUCCUGUCUUUGUUGGUAAAAUUUAUAUUAAAUUUGUAAUAAAUAUGGAUACUUCAUGUCC